AGCGUGGGACGCAACGGCGUCACAAAUCCUGCAGAUCCAUGUAAAGGUGACCUUUUGCAUGUUCUAUCUGAUGACCCAGGCACUUUUUACUCAGGACAGUGCACUUUUCAUUUGGAAAAGGAAGCUGCCAGGUGUAGACUCUGUUUGCUCCGGAGCGAGCAUUAGCUUGCUGUACCCGUCUGUGCUAGUGGGGCCUGUUGGCGUAUGAAGGUCACAAGAAUGUGAGACCGGCUCGCACGCUCACUCAGUCAGCAGGAAGAGCGUGAGACUGAGAGGACAGUGCAUGCCUCACAGACCCUCGCACAAGAGGGGCUCUUUGAGCAUCAGCAUGCUCUCUGGAGACACUGGCACGCAAAUUGGCUCCUUGGGUUUAGCAUGGGGUCAGCGAGAGCUACAGCAGGAGUCCUCUGUUCUUCUCUUGCUUUCUUCUCUGCUACUGUAUCUCCCUCUUUUUUUUUUUUGGUCCCUCCCUACCUUGCUCGUUUUCCCUCCCUCUCUCCUCUAUUGAAUGACCUUGAGCAAUCAGUAACCGCUUCCUGGAGUUGGUGUGAGGCUGAAACAAGGACGUAUUUAGCACGAGCGAGCUAUAGGUGCACGGUGAUUAAUCAUAGGUCAUAUAGCGCAGCUAUGUCUUCCGUCAUCUCAUCACACCCGUCUUCAGCUGUCACAACAAGCCAGAAGCAGAUCUGGAGAUGUCAGGAGACUCUUUCGGAGCAGUGGGAACAGAUGCCCAGCAGAACCUGCAGUCCUUCUGGCCCAGGGUCAUGGAGGAGAUCAGGAACCUCACUGUGAAGGAUUUUCGCGUGCAGGAGCUUCCACUUGCUCGCAUUAAGAAAAUCAUGAAGCUGGACGAGGACGUAAAGAUGAUUAGUGCUGAGGCUCCAGUGCUGUUUGCCAAAGCAGCUCAGAUCUUCAUCACAGAGCUCACUCUGAGAGCCUGGAUUCACACCGAGGACAACAAACGGCGCACGCUACAGAGGAAUGACAUAGCCAUGGCAAUCACCAAGUUUGACCAGUUUGACUUCCUCAUUGACAUUGUCCCAAGAGAUGACCUUAAGCCACCCAAACGACAGGAGGAGGUGCGUCAGUCGGUUGCCUCGACAGAACCAGUGCAGUACUACUUCACGCUGGCACAGCAGCCCGGUGCUGUACAGGUGCAGGGGCAGCAGCAAGGCCAGCAGGUGGCUACACCUGCCGCCGCCGCCGCCGCUGCCACCACCCUCCAACCGGGCCAAAUAAUCAUUGCCCAGCCUCAGCAGGGCCAGGUGUUGCAGGGGACCACCAUGCAGCAGCUACAGCAGGUGCAGGUAGCUCAAUCACAGGCUACCCCCAUUACGAGCGCUCCAGUGACCAUGCAGGUGGGCGAGGGCCAGCAGGUGCAGAUAGUGCAGGCGGCUGCGCAGGGCCAGGCUCAGACCCAGGCAGCUCAACCAGCCGGCCAGACCAUGCAGGUCAUGCAGCAGAUCAUCACCAACACAGGAGAGAUUCAGCAGAUCCCUGUGCAGCUGAACGCCGGAGGCCUGCAGUAUAUCCGUCUGGCUCAGCCAGUUUCAGGAGCACAAGUCGUUCAAGGACAAAUACAGACACUCGCAACCAACACUCAGCAGGUAUCACAGACAGAAGUGCAGCAAGGCCAGCAGCAGUUCAACCAGUUCACUGAUGGUCAGCAGUUGUAUCAGAUCCAGCAGGUGACUAUGCCAGCGGGUCAGGAACUAACUCAGCCCAUGUUCAUCCAGUCAACGAGCCAGACAGCUGAUGGCCAGGUCAGCACGCAGGUCAGCGCUGACUGAUGCGCAGCACUUCCUCCCUGACGCCCAGGCACUGACUGCACCAUAACCACGCUGCUCCAGACCAGCUCAACCAGCGGGAUCCCUACCACACCACUGUCAGCACCCACACACGGCGCCAUUUUGUUUAUUGUGCACAGCCAUAUGCAAUGCCAACAUGGCUGAACUGCACUUAGCCUUAGAGCUUUGAUACAACUCGUACUUUUCCCUGACUGCAGUUUAAAAAAAAAUUAUACAGAUGAUUUUGUCACUCUGCUCCCACCACAAUGUCUGGCAACACACACGUUUAUCCCAUCAUGACACUGAACAACACUUUCCUGUCUUCAGCCAAACAACACAUUAUUCUAAAUGCAUUUUUUUUUAAUUAUUAAGGUUACAAAGUAGCCAGUCAGCAAAGUUGCUGUGUUUUUCCCGAUCUGUUGGUGGGAACAUUGUGUUCAGAGCCAAACUGAUGUGGUUAUAUGAUCACGUAACUCACACCAUCUCAUCUUUAUGUAGUGGAAUUCUUUAGAUACUUGGGUACAAGUGAUCCCUGUUGAUCUGAUCCAAGUAUAAAGACUCUAAAUGGUCCAGUCUUCCGUGCAGUGUACUUUGAGCAUGUAUUGGUGACAGUGGUCUGAUCAAUGUUUGUUUGAAGGCUCUUCUGCCUUGUGGGAGGUCUGGGGAGAACCCUGUCUCUGAGAUUUAUGUGGUUCUGAAUAAAAAUGUCUGUCCUGGCUCAAGUUUCUGUUAAGCCCUAAUUUGUCGAUCAUGUCUCUUGUACAAUUCAAGACUUAAUGCUAAAGCCAUAAUCCACACAUCUUGUACAUGUUGGUCUCUGUAGUUUGUAUGAUAACUCUGAAAUUCAAUUUUAAUCAUAUUACUUCAAUUUUAUUAGUUACUUGUAUUGUAUAGACCUGCAAUUUGAUGAUGUGAUUAUUGUUGAAAGGGCUUCUUACUGUUGGGUUUUCUACAUGCAAAAUGUGUGUGUGUGUGUGGGGGGGGGGUGAUAAAGGGUGUAUGAGUCUAAUGGUUUGUGUAUCCGUUGUGUUUGAUAUUGUGCAUUAAAGUCUCUCGAGGGACCAGACAUGAAACUA